AUGUCUAGACCGGAGGAGUUGGCUCCGCCAGAAGUCUUCUACAACGAAACAGAAUCGCUCAAAUACACAUCAUCGACGCGAGUACAGCACAUCCAAGCCAAGAUGACGCUACGAGCCUUGGAACUACUAAACCUCGACCCGGAAGAACCUCACUUCCUACUCGAUCUCGGGUGCGGCUCCGGCUUAUCCGGCGAGAUACUCACCGAGGAAGGGUUCCAUUGGAUAGGAAUGGACAUCUCGCCCAGCAUGUUAGCCACGGCAUUGGACCGUGACGUCGAGGGCGACUUGUUCUUAUCUGACUUGGGCAAUGGUGUGCCUUUCCGCGCGGGCACUUUCGAUGCUGCGAUCUCGAUCUCGGCGAUCCAGUGGCUAUGCAACGCUGACUCCGCGAACGUGGACCCCAAGAAGCGGCUCUUGCUCUUUUUCAACACGUUGUAUGCGUCGUUGAGGCGCGGGGGCAAGUUCGUGGCGCAGUUUUACCCUAAAAAUGACGCGCAGACGGAGAGUAUCAUGGCCGCGGCGAAGUUGGCUGGGUUCGGAGGCGGGUUGGUUAUCGAUGACCCCGAGCUGAAGAGCAAGAAGAAGUAUUAUUUGGUGUUGACUGCCGGUAUCACGGAGCGGAAUAUUAAUUUGAAGGGCGCGGAAAUGGAGGUUGAUCUGCUGAGUGACAAGAAGGCGAAUCGCAAGAAGAGGAAGUUGGCGGAGUCGAGGAAGGAGUACAUUAACAGGAAGAAGGAGACUAUGCGGAGAAGAGGCCGGAUUGUUGCUGAAGACUCCAAAUUCACUGGUCGCAAGAGAAGACAUAGAUUUUAA